CUUACACGUAAAGCUUUUCUUCACUCCACCGCUUUCGUCCAUACUACACAAACCAGCUUCACCAUCCUCCCUCGAUCAAUUCAAUGGCUUCCUCUUUCGCACCCAGUCUUCGGAGUCUCUCAGUUCUUCCUCCUCCUCUUCGAACCUCACUCGCUCCCCAACCCACCAAACCCUUGAAUGUUCGGGGAAGAAGCAGCAUUUUUGUCUCCCCUCUUCAUGUGUCCGCUCCGCCCACCACCCCUCCGUCUGAAGACCUAACCUGGUACGAACCGAAUGAGGUCCAGAUAAGUGAAGACGGUUCAUCAUCUAAAUUCAAUUGGAGAGAGCAUUGGUACCCUGUUGCCCUAGUAGAAGAUCUUGAUCCCGCAUUGCCUACCCCUUUCCAGCUUCUUAACCGCGAAAUUGUCCUCUGGUUCGAUCAAUCCAGCUCCAGUUGGAUCGCCCUGGAUGACAAAUGCCCCCACCGUCUAGCUCCUUUAUCCGAAGGGAGGUUAGAUGAAAACGGGCAUUUGCAGUGCUCAUAUCAUGGGUGGUCGUUUGGUGGGUGUGGAUCAUGUACGAGGAUACCUCAGGCUUCCCCAGUUGGACCCGAGGCGGGAGCAGCUAAGUCUCCCAGGGCAUGUGCUACCAAGCUUCCGACAAUGGUUUCUCAGGGACUUCUCUUUGUCUGGCCAGAUGAGAAUGGGUGGGAGAGAGCUGCUUCCACCACGCCCCCCAUGUAACAUAACUCCGCUCUCUUGCGUAAGGCAAUGUUUGGAACUCUUAAAAUGGUUGCCUGGAGAUUUUGAUAAACCUGAGUUUGCAACAGUUAGUAUUCAACGUGAUCUGUUUUAUGGGUAUGAUACUUUGAUGGAGAAUGUGUCUGAUCCUUCUCAUAUUGAUUUUGCACAUCACAAGGUCACUGGAAGAAGAGAUAGAGCCAAGCCCCUUCCAUUCAAAAUGGAGUCCUCAGGAGUUUGGGGUUUUUCCGGUGCAAAUAGUGAUAACCCUAAAAUUAGUGCUAAAUUUGUUGCGCCCUGCUAUGCCAUGAAUAAAAUAGAGAUUGACACUAAGAUCCCCGUUUUGGGGAAACAAAAAUGGGUAAUUUGGAUAUGCUCCUUCAAUGUACCCAUGGCACCAGGGAAGACCCGCUCAAUUGUCUGCAGUGCUCGGAACUUCUUUCAGAUCACAAUGCCUGGCCCCGCUUGGUGGCAGGUAAUCCCUAGAUGGCAAGAGCACUGGACUUCAAAUAAGGUGUAUGAUGGAGAUAUGAUUGUGCUUCAAGGUCAAGAAAAGAUCUUCCUUUCCAAGUCCAGGGAAUCCUCUGUAGAUAUUAACGAAGAGUACACAAAGAUCACAUUCACACCUACUCAAGCGGACCGCUUCGUGUUGGCAUUUCGGAAUUGGCUAAGGCGACAUGGAAAUGGUCAGCCAGAGUGGUUCGGUAGCAUUGACCAACUUCCAUUGCCAUCCACAGUCUUAUCCAAAUGCCAGAUGCUGGACCGGUUCGAGCAGCACACUCUGAAAUGCUCGUCUUGCAAAAGCGCACACAACACCUUUGAGACAUUGCAGAAGUUUUUGGUUGGUGUCUUCGUUUUCUGUUCCUCAACGGCCGGAAUCCCUUUCGACAUCAGAUAUCGAAGUGUUUUGGGCGCGUUGGGGAUUGUGAGUGCCGGCUUGGCAUACCUCUUGCAUGAACAAAAGAAAAACUUUGUCUUUAUAGAUUAUGUACAUGCAGAAAUAGAUUAAGGAUGAUUGUAAGUAUGUAGAUUGACCAACUACCUUUUAAACGAUCAAACCCACAUUUGUGUAGAGUAUAUAUGUUUGUGCUUCGUAUGAAUAUAUGAAUAUUACAACGUAACCAUAAAAUGAUACUCCCUACGUCCCAAAAAACUUUACCACUUUC